GGCUGGAUGAGGCCACAGGGUUCCACAUGCAGCAGCGUGCGGAGCUCCAGAACAUGGAGAUGACUGGGCUGCUGGAGGAGGUGGAGGAGAGCAGCCUGGAGGAGACAAAGCCCAGCCUGGAGGAGAUGGAGCCGAGCAUGGAGGAGAAGGCGGUGAUCCUGGAGGAGAGCGACUUUUCCUGGGGAGCCCUCCUCUUUGCUACAUCCUCAAAGCUGUGUCAGUGCUGCCUGGUUGUUGGAGAUCUAGUGCUGCUCCUCGGGCUCUGCUUGAGGCUCUGGAAAAGGAUCUCCCUACUCCUGCCGGCCAUGGCUCUGACAGGAGUCCUUCUCCUGCUUUUGUUGACCAUCAUCUGGCUCACAGUGAUGGUCGGAUACGGUUGGCUUGCCUGGGAAGACCUGCUCUUUGCUGCCUUCAAGUUCGGUGCGGUUGCUGGAUACCCGGUGCUGCUCAUCAGGCUCAGUGCGUGGCUCAAGAAAAGGACCCAUGCACCAGACAGGAGCAAAGAGCAGGAGAGGUCCAGCAGCAACACGGGGGAGGCUGAGGAGGAAGAAAGAGAAGUUGGCGAUUACGUGGAGCGGCUGGUGAGGGACAAGGUCCGGCGGUCAGCGCGGAGCGUGGCCUACAGGAGAAAGGCAGUGGAGAAGCUGGUGGGCGAUCUCCUCGGUGCCUUGCAGAAGCGCUUGUCCGAGAGCUUCUUCCCAGUGCUGCAGCCAGCCAUCGGGGUGGGCAGCGCCUUUGAAGGCUGGAGUCCCCGUGGGCAUGAUGCUGUCUACACCCUGCUUGUGCCCCUGAAACCCCCCCGUGGGCACGCCUUCCACCUGGAGCUGGGCACUGCGGGGGACGCGCCGGCAAAGCACCGUGUCCGUGUGGAGCUGGUGUGCACCUGCACAAAGGACACACGUGUGGGGGACAUGCUGUGCUUCGUCCACCAGCCCUACGAGGCGCUGCAGAGAAAUCAGGAUUCCAGCCUCCUGAACGAGCUCUGCACCAUCCGCUACCUCGAUGCCCAGAAGAUCGCCCGCUGGAUCCAAGGCUUGGUGACCUCAGCCUGGGAGGAGCUGCCUCAUUCACGUCGCUACGGGCUGAGGCUGCUGCCUUCCCGCCGCUCCUGCAAGCUGGAGCUGACCAGUGCCUCCGGGAGAUCCCUCUGUGUUGAGAUGCUCGUUGGGGUGCAGCGAGACCACUCGGACCUCUUCCUGAGCAGCCAGGCUCCAGAGGCCAUCUUCACCCCAGGCACCAUGUGGCCAGAGAGCUUUGCUGUGGCUGAGGCAAAGUUCUUCAGCCACGUGGCCAGGCAGGCCCCGCCUGACAGUGUCCACCUCCAGUGCCUCCAGCUCUGUGCCAGUAGCCUGGCGGGCACAGUCCUUUCCUCUGAUACACUGAAGACGGUUGUGAUGGAUCUCCUGACCCUCAUACCCGUGACAAGCUGGACGGGGCCAGUAUUCGUGAUCCGGCUUCAGGAUGUCAUGGCCUACCUGCGCAGCUGCCUGCAGGAGAAACGCCUCGAUCACUUCAUCAUUGGCAAUAAGUUCUUGCCCGAGGACAUCCUCUUGGCCCCAGACACCCAAGAAGCUGCACCACUCAACCUCUUCCAGUGCCUGGUGGAGGAUCCCCAAGCCUACGUCAAGGCACUGGGGGAGUUCGAGGAGCUGCAAGACCAGCUCAAGAACCUGAUGCUCUUCAGAGUCUGAAAGAGGUUUUCACCACUGACACCACCUCUGUGCACCACCUGCUGUCUUCCGGAGGCUCCCUUCUCUCCGGGAGCUUCCCUUUGUACAUAGUUCUGA